CCCUGUUUCUUUAAAUAAGUUUAUUCUUCUACUGUCUAUACUGAUGUUGACACUAUUUAAACAGAAAGUUUGAAGAUCUAGCAUCUCAUCCACACUGCCCACAAGAAGUUUACGUUCUAAGCCCUACAUUUGGGCUCGAAACUCUUCCGACGCAAGCAGGCAGCUGUGACUCGCCAGGGGAAAAAACAGCCUGCAAAAGCCUCCGAGCCUGAGACUAACUGUUUAUUGCUUCUACUCUCAGCUGAAGCCCCAGUGUGGACACCAGAAAAAAUGGUGGUACAUCUCCUAGAACACUUUCCUCAGCUCCUACUGCUGCUAGGACUAUGCGGACCAGUGUGUCCAAUUUAUGCUUUGCCUAAGAAUCUCACCAAGGCUCACUGGUUUGAAAUUCAGCAUAUACAUCCAAGUCCUCUCCAAUGCAACAAGGCAAUGCAUGGUGUCAAUAAAUAUACUGAACACUGUAAGCCUGAAAACACCUUUCUGCAUGACUCCUUCCAGAACGUGGCUGCGAUCUGUGAGUUCCCCAAUAUUGUCUGCAAAAAUGGCCAGAAAAAUUGUCACCAGAGUCCAAAGCCUGUUAAGAUGACUAACUGCGAUCUUACUGCAGGGAAGUAUCCUGAUUGCCACUACAACGAUGCUGUCCAGUACAAGUUCUUUAUUAUUGCCUGUGACCCUCGUCAGGAGAGUGACCCUCCCUAUCAUUUGGUUCCUGUACACUUAGAUGGGAUUGUUUAAAGUUUUCAUCACUUUCCUCUUACUCAUUCCAAGUUCUCUUGUCAUCUCUUCCACCUUUUGUUUAUUUCUCUGGUUCCCAUGGAGAAGAAAAAAAGGUAUUGGUUGAAUUAGAGUGCCAAGGGCACCAGACCAGACUUGGGACAAACAGAAAUAGGAUUCUUUUCUGCUUUGAAGCUCUGUGUUUCAAAGAUGGCAAGAAGGAAAAGGACAACGAAGGACCCAGGCCUCCGUAUUU